AAUGAUACAAUUUAAUAUCCGCACGGUUGUGGAUAAAGAUCAGAUAAGAAGGCAGCCUUGGAAUUCUGGGAAAUACUAUAUACGUAGACGCCUAGGUAACUGACCUGUAAAUGACUGACUAGAUCCUCGUAUAGCACAGCAGAAGACAGAAAUAUUGAAUAUUCCAAUGUCAGGUUCCAUGGCAGCGAAUUCCAGGACGGCCUCGCUUCUCCUGUUUCCCUUCCCCAACGCCACCAAACCAGAGAAAUUGAAAUGGAUCUUCACACAGAGUUUCAGGAACAUGCUUACCAUAAUCUUCUGCCUGGCCGUCUGGUUAAUAGGUCGUAUUUUCCAUGCUCUUAAUACCUUCCUUCCCUCUUAUGUUUCUGCGCUUGCAGACAUCAGCCGUAAAGGAGAGAAAGGUAUUGUUAACGCUCAGGCUCCAAAUUCUCUCGUCGGAAUCGCAAUUGGCAGAGCGCUCAACCAGGUAUUGGCUCUGGUAAUUGAGACUCCUGUUAAUUCGCGGAAAUAUGAUUUCGUGAGAGCUUUGGCGGAUAAAAUGAUAGAAGAGAAUUUGAAAAACGACUCUUUGAAAGAGGUGAAUCGAACAGCACUUUCUGCUGGAUUUGGCCGAACUGUGAAGCUCUUGAUUUCGGCUCUGCGCGACCAGCAGACGGCUGGAACGACAUGGAAAAUGAUUCGGCGGAUUCCCUUCGGGGAAUAUCUUAAUAAACAUCUUUCUACGGCUAACGAUUCUUUGCUUUCCACAAGUAUGGUGACCGAAUCUGUUUUAGCUGAGAAAUUGGUAGCGGAUUUGUUGUGGUUUGCGGAAAAAUUAGAGGCAUGUUGUGGUAUUGAAGAAGCGAUUGCUCAGUGGAGCGAGGCCGGCAUCUUGGCGAAUCUCUCCAUGUCUGCGAACCCACGUGUCCAGGGGUCUCUGGUGAGAGUUUCAGUGUAUCUGUUGAAAGAGGUGGCAAAGGAAGAGACGGAAGAAAGGAAGGUGAAAAUGAUGAUGAUCUGGAUGCCGCUCUUGGCCAAUGCCGCCAAUGGAGUGGAAAGCGUUGUUUUGUCCGCUAGGGAGAAAAGUGAGGUUGAAAGAGUGGUGGAGCAGAUGAUUCAAGAAUUGGCGGACAUGAAAGACAAAGAAGCCGUGCUUGCGAAUUGGCUCCACCAUUACGCGCGCUCAAAUUCUGACUGGCCAAAUUUACAGACAUGUUACAAUCAAUGGUGUGGCCUUUCCAGAAGCACCUUAUGUUGAAUGCAUUCAUCCUGGCUGUAAAUUAGUCUAUCCUGCUGUAAGAAUUCAAGAUUCCGCAUUUUGGAUUUUCCCUUUUAUUAUUAUUAUUAAUUUAUUGUUGUUUCUAUUUUAAACGAAAUUGUAUGGUUCCAACAUUUGUUUUCC